AUGAGCCUGGGAGACCCACGCAAGACGCUCUGUGACAUCGAGAUAGAGUGGGCAGAGCUCUCAGGCACCAAGGAGAGGGAACUGGGCACCUUCGCGGGCCGGUCCUCCGAGGCCUGGGUGGAAACAGGUCAGAAAUUCAUUGUGACCGAUGUACUCCGACCCGGCGCGGCCACCGGCCCCGCCUCGGCCGCCCGAGUGAGGCGCCCUCUGGGACGAAGCCCCACGCCAGCCUGGGCGCGAGGGCCGGGCGCCCACGCGGAGCGAGGUCCGCUGCCGGCGCCGCCUACUCCCCUCGGCCCUCGCCGGCGGCCCCGCACUUCGGGGAAUGAACACCCGAGAACCGGGAGCCGCGCGUGCGGGGAGGCCUGUUCCCCGUCCCGGCCCCUACCCGGGCAGGGCUUGCAGCACCCCGGUGGUCGGGGCACCCACCUGCCGAGCGGGAAGCGCCCGGAGCUCAGGGAGAGGCCGCGGGAGCCCGGCCCGCCCUCCGCCGGGAGGCGCCGGGAACAACGAGGGGAGGCCGCGCUUACAUGUGUGGCCUCAGGUAGAACGCCGCGAACGCAGAGCCCGGGAGAAGCCGCCGAGGGGCGCAGGGGCCGCGGCCAGGAGCCUCUCUGCCCGAGGGGCACCCCCUUUCUCAACCCUUUCACCCUACCCGCUCGGCUCCGGCUCCCGCCGGCCCUUUGCCUUCCGGUGCUGGCCCCGGCAGCCCGCUGUGACGUACACGUGGCCCCUCGGACCCUGGGCUGCGGCCUAGAGGCCUGA